UCUCGAGGUCGGACGCUGGGUGCAGGUCAGCCUCGAGCCUCCCGCACUUACUGCCCUGGCACGCUCGCAAGCGCACGGAGAGACGGACACGCGCGAGCUCUCGGACGUGUGGAUGAUACUGCAGCUCUGCGCGCUGAAAGCGGGUCACGCUCCGGAUGGAUCUACGCUCUCGUGCGAGUGUUUUUCUGCUGUAGCUCGAGGGAUCAGACAGAUCCCACCUGCACGUCUGACGCUGGAAACACACCAGCGGAAGUCAUUCGAAUUUAAAACAAACAAACAAAAACUUCUGGUUUCUGUUAUUCUUGUUUGAGUUGCUCAAAGCACAGCGCGUGAGUUACCAGCGUCGGUUAACGCAAAUGCAAUUGCGCGCGAUGCAAGGGUUUGGAAAGGAUCACUUUCCGUUUCUGCACAGCGAGGCGGCGCGGAUUGUCGUGGCUGUGGACGGAUUACCUGUUCCUCGACUGAGCGGCGCAGCCCACGGAGGAGGCGGCUUCUGAACGGGGGGAGGAGACGGGGAGUCGCUGCAUUCCGCCACGCAGAGCCGGGACUGGCACGCGCUCUCUGACUGCCCUCACGAGCCGAACGGAUACACACAGAUCACCGACGGGAGUGCAGACAUCCUUCGCAAUCUGGGUCAGGAGGGAUUGGCAGAAGAAUGCUGACCGCGGGUGCCCAGGGGCAGGAUGGCGUCGUGUUGGCCAAGAGCCGUGGGCGUUAGAUGGUUCCUCUUAAUGCUCCUCUGGUCCUGGGUGCCUCUGGGCCCGCUGACCUUGAUCCUGACCGUGGCUGAGCGUCUGGAGCAGGCCACUUCCCCGUUCUCUGCCGGGGCCAGCCGGAGCGGCGGCCAGCUGGACUGGCUCCUGUCCGAAAAAGGACCUUUCCACCGCUGCCCGGAGUACGCCGAGUUCAAGGAGCGUUUUCAGCAAGGGUUUUCCACCCGCUACAAGAUCUACAGAGAAUUCAGUCACUGGAAAGUGAACAGCUUGGCCACAGAGAAGAGGGGCUUCUUCAAGGUGCCGCUGGCCCCCGAGUUCCUGCGUAACCUACGCCUGCUGGGACGGAGGCCAAGCCUGCAGCAGGUCCACGAAAACCUGAUCAAAAAAUACGGAACGCACUUCUUAGUCUCGGCCACGCUCGGAGGGGAGGAGUCGCUCACCAUCUUCCUGGACAAGCAGAAACUUGGUAAGAAGUCCGAGGGAAGUGGGAACAGCUCGGCGGUGUCCCUGGAGAUCUUGCACCAGCUGGCGGCCUCCUACUUCACCGACCGAGAGGGCACCCUCCGGAGGCUCCACCAUCUGCAGAUUGCCACCUCUGCUAUCAAGGUAACGGAGACCAGAACGGGGCCUCUUGGAUGCAGUAACUACGACAGCCUGGAUUCUGUCAGUUCUGUUCUGGUUCACAGCCCAGAAAAUAAAAUCCACCUGAAAGGUCUUCAGGAGGUCCUCCCAGAGUUCCUUCAGAACCGCUUUGUGGAUGCAGCUCUCAGCUAUGUGGCAUGCAACUCCGAGGGGGAGCUCUUGUGCCGGCACAACGAUUGCUGGUGCCUGUGUUCGCCUCGGUUCCCUGACUGCAACUGCCCCUUUACUGACAUCAAAGCCAUGGAGGAGAGUCUUCGCAAGGCCAAGGAGUCUUGGACUGCCUCCAACAGCGAGUUCGUGGAGUCAGAUGAGUUCAAAGCCUUUCUGAAGAAACUACCCACCAACCGCUUUCUGAACACCUCGUCCAUCCUGAGGUUCUGGAGCUCAGACGUGGCUUUGCAGAGACGACACAGCAUGCUGGAGGCGAGCACUAAAGUGAUCCUGGGUAAAGCCCAGAAGAUAGUCCACAAACUCUUCACCCUCAGCAAGCGCUGUCCCAAACAGCCAAAGAUCAGCCUGCCCAGAGACAGGACUAUGGGGUUCUGGCUGAACCGAGUCCAGUCUCUGCUUUACUGCAAUGAGCACGGGGUGCCGGGCUGGUUCUCUGAGGAGACGCGGGGUUGCGUGUGCGGGCCCGAGCCGGGCGCUGCCUGCCAGGGUGCCGUGCCAUGUCAGCUGGGUGAGGCCACGCUAUGCUCGUCCUGCGCCACCGACAACCUCACGCGCUGCGGGGCGUGUCAGCCCGGAAGCACACUCCACGGCAACACCUGCAGGCCCAGCGUGGCCAGUUCGCUGGACCACUACGUCAGCUUCGACUUGGACGUGCCAGACGCCGAGGCACGGCACCUGCUGCGCCGGCUGGACGGCCGUAUGGAGGUGCACGCCAUCUACAUCAGCAAUGACGUGCGCCUGGGCAGCUGGUUCAACCCAGCCUGGCGCAAACGCAUGUUGCUCACACUGAAGAGCAACAAGAACAAGUCCAACCUCCUGCACAUCCUCAUGGGAAUCUCCUUCCAGAUCUGCCUGACCAAAAACAGCACGCUGGAACCCGUGCCUGCCAUCUACGUCAACCCCUUCGGUGGCAGCCACUCGGAGAGCUGGUUCAUGCCCGUCAACCAGCAGGACUUCCCCGACUGGGAGAGAACUAGACUGGACUCAUCUCUGCAGUGCUACAACUGGACGCUGACGCUGGGUGGCAGGUGGAAGUCCUUCUUUGAGACGGUGCACGUGUACCUGCGCAGCCGCAUCAUGACCGACGACCCCGCCGCCAACGAGACGCUCUUCUAUGAGCCGCUGGACCUGGAUGACCGCUCGGCCAACCUAGGCUACAUGAAGAUCAACAGCUUGAAGGUGUUCGGCUACAGCAUACACUUUAACGCCGAGGGCAUGAAAGACCUGAUCCUGCAGCUGGACUACCCUUACACACAGGGCACGCAGGACACACAGGACGCUGCCUUCCUGGUGCUGUUGGAGAUGCGGGACCGCGUAAACCGGCUCUCGCCACCUGCCGCCCAGCCGCUGGAUCUCUUCUCCUGCCUACUCCGACACCGGCUCAAGCUGUCGGCCAGCGAGGUGGCGCGCGUCCGCGACUCCCUGCACGGCUUCGCCGCCAAGCUGCCGGGCUCCUCCGAGCCCGAGCUCGGCCAGCUGUGCAGCUAGUUCGAGACCUUCCUCUCCCGGCGAACACCCGUACGCUGGUACGAACGUGAACAAUGGAAGAUGGAUGGAGGGCUGUUCGGAGAAUAGAUGUACAUGUUAUUUGUGUGGGAGUGGGCCUGUUUCUUUUGCAAAGCCUGACGCUUCUGGUCAACAAAAAUUAAACAAGCAGUAAGGCGUGAUUGGCAGGUGAACACAGAGUGUGCACAUGCAUCUGGAUCUGGCACAGACUGCAUGGCGCCAUGCUUUGGGACGGAGCUUAAAGAGAGAGAACUGUCUCCUAGCCCGUUCUGCCGGACGUCCCAAAAACUUUCCAAAAACGGUUCACUUCUCUGCUGUUCCUCAUGUUCUGGAAAUGGGUGGGUAUUCUUUGGUGAUGUCAUCGUUCAAUCUGAAAAGGGCCUAGUAGAUAAGGGCUCCGUUCCGAUAAGUCUGUUACCAGAGAAAGGGUGUCACAUAGUGAUAUCAGUCAAUGCAGAGGGUUGCCGUGCUUCUGAACAUUAUCUGGAAUUCUAAACCUUUUACUGACAGGCAUAUAUUGGAAUGGAGAUACCCUUAACAGAAUCUUUGCAUUCAGAAAUCUGACUAACCCCAAAGGAAAACAACUGAAUGGUGAAAGUCUGUUUUUCAAUGUUCAAUUUUUUGAGAUGUUGAUCUUAAGAUAACACUCAUUGUUUUGAUGAAAUAUUGUGAGCAGCUUUGUAAAUAUCGCUCUGUUAUCAGUUCUCAUUCAGGCUGGAAACACUGCACAUCGCUUCUUGGUUAGAAAUGGUUAAACCUUCUUCUCAAUUUGUACUUUUUUCCCCCAAGUGCAAAGACCAAAAACAUUUCUUACUCAACAAAACCAAUGAUCUAUAUGCCUUAUAAAGUGGAGUCUAUGUUCGGAUAUCAAAGCACACUUGGACCGCUGUGUUUCUUUCUCUCAAAAACCUUUUGCUCCUUUUGCAUCAGUUCUGGUUCUUUUUUCCUUUCUUUCUUAGUUCUAACUUUAAUUACAGUGACUACUAAUCUGUAAAACUCUAAUUUAAAAUGGACUUACUCUAUAAGGAAUAAUAUGUCUGUUCUGUACAAAUACAAGAAGAACCAUUCGAAAACCUCUUUUAAUAUCUGCGUCAUAAUAAUACCACAUUUGCUCGUGUACUAAUCCACUUUAACGGCAGUCAGUGACUCAUAAUGUUCAGCUGAGAGCGUUCGAGUAGCUGUGAGGUGGGAAGAAAUUGUCCACUCUUGGCUCUGGACUCCUGAGCGCAAGGCCUUUAGAGAUGCUUUAUGUCAGUUCGCAUUAUAAUUCAGAAUUCGUCACAUGCGUGUUGCAGACAUACCGGUUGGGAACUGAACACUGCUCAUGUGAAGGGAAUGAUCUCUUUGCAAAUAUAAGUUGCAAGCCCUUAACACAAUAUCCAUCUGCGGAACAUGUAAUAGUUAUAUCUUCUCUCAACAGAAAGAAACAGGUUAAUUUUUAAUUUUGGCCGAAACAACCCUAACAGAUAAUCCAGGACCCUUACACAUAGGUGAAGGCCUUUAUGGAUAUUCCAGGGUACUUGUACGUCAUCAAGCGACCUUGCGGAUAAUCCAGUGCCCUUAUGGGUAGUCCAGGGCCCUCCUGGACAUUCUCCCUGUAGCCUUGUUUAUGCCUGUGCGCAAAACAACUAGUUUUAUACUCAGAUAAGAAAUGUUCUUGCCAUAUAAAUGUGGGGACAUGGUUGAGAAAGCUGACACCACCAGUCAUGUUGUGUGUACUCAGUGGGCAGCGCAGCUAGUGGGGGGAAAGUUUUUUUGGGUGAAGUUCAUAAAUAUGGAUUGUCUACUGUAAUCAUAUGGGAAUCAAUUCCUUCAUUUAACUCUCAAGCUGCAGAAGAACGACUGAUCAGAUACGGAGACCAUCCUGGAGAGAACACAGCAAACAGUGCAGUGUUCAUUCUUCCUGGUGGUUGUAUUAACAAGGGUACAAGUGCAUGUCCGUGGUAGGCUUUGAGAUAUAAGAAAAUCAGUUCUAUUUCAACAGAUUUGGUUUCUUUAUUGCCUCUCACUGCUGAAAAACAAUCUUAUGUAUUUAACCCAUAUGUAACAUAGAGGAUGAGCCACACAACCACCCAGCCGUUAUCAAAAGACUGAUUUGCAUUGGCGAUAAAGAAAACUGCUGUAACAUGACAUUCGUGCAACCUUACUAUGUGAAUUAAUCUGAUGCAUAACCUUUUCAAUUUUAUAAUCUGCUCUUAAAACAUGUUAAUUACAAUUUAUUUUUAAACAGUGGUGCCAUCUUUAAUAAUACUCCUCAGAGUUUAUUUCACACCUUCAGUUUUCAUCUGUCACACACAACCUGUUUUCAUGCCAACUCUCAUCUCCAAAAUGCCAGUGUGUCUCUUACAGCCCUAGAAAAGUUCAAACAUCAGUUUCCUUCGCCACCAUAAAUUGUUUACAAGAAAGGUCAUCCCGUUUACUGCAGGCUACAGCUUCUGCAGGGAGACAUGCAGGUUAAGAUUGGCAUCAAUACUGCUGCCGACUUUGGUCUAGUUCUUAAGUGAACUUGCUGCCUAAAUGCAGCCAUUUUAUUAGAGUUACAUGGGUGUAACUCUCCAAGCACAGAAGAAAGCAAUCCACUCUUCUGACAGACAGCAGUCCUCUCUUCUGACAGAAAAGUGCUCCUCUUUCUUGGCAGAAAGUGGUCCCCUCUCUUCCGAGAGGCAAUGGUGCCCCCUUCCAACAGAACGUGGCCCGCUCUUUUGAUAGAAAGUGGUCCCCCCUUCCAACAGAAAUCAGUCCCCUCUUCUGACAGAAAGUGGCCCCCUCUUCCAACUGAUAUCAGCUCCCUCUCCCAACCGGAAUUCCGGGGCAGCACACAAGCUUCUGCAAUCAGAGAUCCAUCAGUAGCAUUGUCAGGGAGGAGCCGGAAGUCGAGCUGGGAAUUCCGACUGGAAGCAAGCCUUGUUUACAUCCAUAUUCAUUAGGCUGGAGUUUAGGUUUUGUGGUAGAAUUCAGUCAACAAGGUUCCAACUGAAAAUCAUGGUUUUCUGAGACUUAGUCCACAGCCUCAUUUCUUAGAUGGUGUGCACCUGGUAGUCAAUCAUGCUACCCUGAUAACUGGUACUGUCAGACUGAGGUACAGUAGCUCCCCUUAUAACUAGUAUUGUCAGACUUGGGUACAGUAGUUCAGACUGCACAAGUUGCAGUGAAGUUACCAUCCGAACCCAGACAGGUGGUGCACUACAGGUAGAGGUAGAGAGAUGAGGUCAUUGCACCGGCUUCGGUGAUGCUGUUUGUCGAUACAAUAAGAGGGAUGUAGUCUUUAUCUUGUGUGGCUAGUCCAGCGCUGGCCUGCUGUAGCUCUCCUCCAACUCAGCAGACUCACAGUGUGAAUCGCUUCUUUACAUGCCGCGUGAAAUGUCAUAUACUAGGGUUUAUUCACAAGGGCCAUUUUGCUUUGUUUUGUCCUUUUUAACGUAGAUUGUGACUCACUUUCGAGAAAAUGAAGAGUCACAGUGAGGAGCUGAUUACCCCCUCCACGACACGUCCCGCAUUAAUCCAACAGAGCUCGGUAAACAUCGGGACUUGAUAUGGUGGUCACAAGGUUUCUACUGCUGAAGUAUCUGAACCCCACGAUUACAGCAGUUUGUGGUUUCCAGUCAAUUUCGCAUCAUAUUUUUGCUCCACAGUGCCACUUCACACAUCAGACAUUUUCCAUUUUCUAGCAAGCAUGACAUGGCUAUACAUGCAACAGUGACAUAAAUGAUAAACAGAGUGCACCUAACCAGGCUUGGGCAUGUAUGGGGUCAUGUUUCCAAACUGCCUUCCACCCGUGUGCACUGUCAGACUGGGACAUCAUACAUCACCUCUGAGAAACGUGGAAAACAGGCAUCGGUACCCAGAACCAAAGUGCAUGAAUUUGUUUGAAAGGCAGCACAGGUCGACUGAGGGCCAUCAGCAUUCACUCCUUUUAGGGUCUGUUUGCUGAUAUAAAUUUGGUUCAUGAGUUUUCAACCAUGUACUGUAGGCCAUGCAGACACCUGAUACUGGCAGAGUGGUCAUGAAAGGAAACACUGAACUUUAUUCUUUUACUGUUUGAACAAGCUCAUUUGUUUCUCUUGGUGUUUUAACAAGAUGUAAAUGUUCUUAAAUAAUAAAAAAGUGACAAAUCUUUCCCCCUA